AUGGUAGAUCUAUCAAGAUUUGAAUUGCAGUGGUUUGGUAAUCUAGUUACCCUGCGGUUGUGGAAUGACCUUUGGCUGAAUGAGGGACUCAGCACCUAUAUGUCUUAUUUAGGAAUGCAGAUGAUGAACGACACCUGGAAUAUGGAAAAUGAGUUUAUGGCACGGAUGACAUCAAUGAACUGUGAAUAUGUAAAAACCUAUCCCCCAUUAGCUCAUCCAGUCUUGGUUCCAGACGAAACAGAAUUUAACUGUAUGGUGUAUGCUAAGGGAGCGGCUUUUGUGUACAUGCUCCGAAAUGUGCUUGGUGACGAUAACUUUAACAGUGGCAUAAAGAAAUAUUUAGAGAGAAAUAAAUACGGUACUGUUGUAACGGACGACCUCUGGCAAGCAUUAUCAAAUGAUAAUAUAGAUGUGAAGUUUUUAAUGGAUACGUGGAUGAGGAAUAUAAGAUAUCCAGUAGUUACAAUCAGUCGACAAGGCUCGCAAGUCAACAUUUCACAGAGCAGAUACAUCUCUAACAACUCUUCCAGAAACCUAGGAUCUCAUUCAACAGACAGAUGGAUUAUUCCUUUUAUAUAUGGAAUUUUGGAUCCAAAAGGAAAUUUCACAAGCAACAUGACGCUGCUACAAGAGAAAUCUGAUACUAUUGAAAUAAGAUUCAACGACAGAUUGUUGAAGGGUAACUAUGGCAACAGUGGAUAUUACAGGGUGAAUUAUGACAAAGAAACAUGGAAAGCCAUCGUAGAGGAACUGACCAUUGAUCACCAGGUCUUCCCAAUACGAGACAGGGCUCAGUUGAUAGAUGAUGUCAUUUCUUUUGCAAGAUCUGGACUUCUUAAUGUAACAGUGGCUGUGGAAAUUACAAAGUAUUUGGAAAAUGAGAGUGAUUAUCUCCCUUGGUUCAUCGCUAUUUCGAGUUUGAAACUAUCUGACCAUCACGAAAACGAUGAAAACUUUGCUGAGUUUAGGAUACAGUUUUUUAAUGUAUCAAAGAAAAAAUUAGAGGAAAUGGGAUGCGAUGAGAGAGGAAAUUUCUCAACUCUAAGACUUCGAAAAAUGCUUAAGGAAUUUACAAAGAUCUGCCCUGUGGAUAUUUCAUAGAGAAGAAGGAAACGAUUUAUUUCAGAAUACAGAGAAAUUUAUGAACAGAAAAAUUGUGUCUAGGAUUGGUGUACACCAGUAAGACAUGUCAAGAUACCUGAAAAAUCAGACUUUUUCUUGCUAUGUAUAUUUGGAGAUUGGAUCUUUAUUCUUAUGUUCAGUAGUAACAAUAAACAAU